CCAAACAUGCCGCUUUGACAUGCGGCGAGCUGCGCGCACAACCCCCUCCAUCCACUCCCUCGUCUAAGCUCCUCACAGCCAUGACGACGGUCUUGCAGCAGCAACUCGCGCAAAUUGCUGCAAAAUCUACACAUCAACUCGAUCUCAAAGCCCAGAAGGCGCAACACGCCAAAUCCCUCCUCUUCGAACCCGCCGAUGCUGCGCGACAAUCCUUUGACGACAUCUUCCUCCUCUGCACCGAGGGCUUCGAAGAACUGUGCCAGCUCGAUCUCCGUUUUUCCACCUUCCGCAACAACCUCUUUAGCGAUGGCAGCAAGGGCGUGGAUCGCGGCGAGCUCACCCAACACGAAAAUGAAGAGCUGAAUAGGGUUCUGGAGCAAUGCUUAGGGCUGUUGCAAGCCCGUCUGCUACUUGCCCCGGCCCAAAAGACGUUGGAAUGGCUGGUGCGCAGAUGGAGAGUACACGAGCACAACACCGAGGCCUUGGUCUUGACCUUCCUACCCUACCAUGCCGAUCAACACCUCCUGCCGGCCCUGCUUGCAAUUCUGCCAACCGACCGCACACUUCCAGACAGCUUGAAAUGGUUGCAUCCAUACCUGUCUUCCCUCGCCUGCCCACCGAGACAUGCCGUCCUCGCUGCUGCAACCUCAAAUUCCGCUUUCUUCGUUGCUUUCAACGCAUACGUUCUUCGUCUGGCAAGAGCCGGGCAUGCUUCAAGCUCUCUCCUCGCCUACUGGGCCAGCCUUGUGGCGCAAAGCAUCAAUGCAAUGCUCGAUGCGUCACGGACAGGCAGACAAGACCUCCGCGCCCAGCGAGAAGAGCAGAUUCUGCUGAAAGUUCUGUCAGUCAUACAAGAUGCGCUGCAGAUUAGCAAAAAGCCGGACAUGGACGAAAUAUUCGUGGCCGCCUGCAUGAUCAUUACCGUUCUGGCCAGCAAGGCCUCCCUCUCGGAUGUCACCAUCGAUGCGCUGAUGCAGGCUGUUGCUCGCUCUUGGACCACGCGAACGACUCUCGAGGGCUUGUCCUGCUUGGCGACUUUGGCGGAGGAGAAAGAGGAUGCGCAGCUACCCAAAUCCAUCACGCGCUCCAUCUUGCACGCCGCUGCAUUUCCCCAUCUCUUACAGCUAGCCAGCUCUCAAAGAGUGGACAAGUUGGCUGCUGGGAUAUCGGUGGGUAUACUUCGAUCUGCUUCCAAGAUUGAAGAGCCUGCACAUCUGGAAGUUGUACUGCGGACCCUGGACGAACGCUUUCUGUCGAGUGAGCAGACACUUCGAGUUCUGGAGGCAAUCUUCGGUGCAGUUCAAGAUUGCAAAGACCAGUCUACGUCCAACUUGCUGGUCGAUAUUCUUCGAAGACUCGGCGAGGCUGAUGAUAGUCGGCGAUUGAUCAUUGAAGCCGCGCGGAAUCAAGGAACCGAACUGCAGGGAGCUGGUUUGGUCGACCUCCUGGAAGCAAGCCCUACUGGCCCCACAACACAAACGGAAAGCGUUGAGCUGGACGAAAGAAUGGAAAUCGAAGAGCAGGCCUCGCACACGGUGGACUUGAGCAAGAUUGUCGACGAGCUACCACCGCUUCCAUCCAGUCACUUUUCCUUCCUGAAAUGGAAUGGAGCUCCAGCGAGCCUGUUCCAACUGUACAGCCGCGCUUUUGAAGCCAGCAUGCCCUCACAGAGUGCAACAGAGCAGUUCUUGGACCGAAGCCAGCUCCGUCACCCAGGAUCGACUACGACGCCAACUUUGUUCAGCUUUUUGGCACGCCUGUGGACGACACAAUCGUCAAGCGUCAAUCCAAAGGCCAGAGUCCGAGCGCUGCAAAUAAUCAAGUCCCAAAUCGAUGGCCGUAUCAAGGACAACUCUGCCCACACUUCAGAUAUUUCCGUCCCUGGGCUAGACCUCAGAGAUUUCUUCCCCUACCUCAUAGCAGCGUUUUGCGAUCCUAGUAAACGGGUCCGUCUAGCUGCAGCCAUGCUCUUUGAGUCAUUGACUCGGGAAUCAAAGCUCGUGCAGGGGAAUGAUGAGUCCACUCCGGCCGGGCAAUUAUACGAUGCGAAACGAACCGACGACCACGUGAGGCUGUCCAAUGCCAAUUGCAAUUCACUGCUCCAAAGCAUCGGGCAAGCAGUUGAAGAUUGUAUGCUGGAUGAAACGUACUUAAUCACCUUCACUGCCAAACUCUUCAACGGCCACAAGGUGAAGGGCUUGAGCAAGGCCCAACGGCCAGUAAUUUGUGAAUUUCUUGCCUAUCACGCUGCGAGGACUGCAUCACUGCAUACGAAACUCUGUCUGCUGCGCAUUCUCGCCAAGGUCGACAAAGACGCGGCUUCGGCCCGACUCCACCAUCUCGUUCCAUUCCUCAAAGACUGGCUCUCUCAGUCGGAAGCAGACCUUUCGGGUGCGUGCGAGCGAGAUGGAGUGCGACUUUGGGAGUUGGAUGCUGCUCUGCUGGAGAAUCUUUGGCAUUGCUCCGGACAAGAUAUGAAGGUGGUACGAGACCUCUGCAUGCAAUCUCAGAGACGAGGAAUUGCCGAAGCCGCAUUCACACAGCAACAACGCGCAUGGGCCACCGUCAAGUCAGCAGAGAAACAAAGGGAAGUGGUAGACUGGCUGGUGACUCUUGCUUUGGGCGAAGCUCCGAGCAGCGCGAAUGUCAGCGACAUGGCAUUACAAACGUUGCAUGCACUUGAAAUCCCAUCCACGGUUUUCGAAGGGAUUCUUCAAGAACUUCCAAACAUUAGCGACGUUCAAGCUCAUCCUCCGGCAGCCAAACGACAGCGAAGGACUUCCGAAUCAGUGCAAGCUCGAUCGAUUGAUCCCGAAUGGGUGCAAAACACCAUCCGCAAGAUUACGUUAAUUCUUGAGCUACUGGAGGAGUCCAAGCCCCAAGCACCAGAGCUUUUGCAACCGCUAUUUUACCUCCUUUCCGAGCUGCGCGGUCUCAAACUCGCGUCAUCGUCUGAGCUGGUGUACCUGCACGCAAUGAUCCUCGACGCUCUUCUCGCCAUCGUCUCACACCAGGAUGAUUGGAGCAAGGCAAACACUUCUCUCGAUGCGAGCUACAUUCGGACCGAUCUGAUCAUUGAAUGUCUCCGGUCGUCCUCGUCAACACAAGUCCACAACACAGCCCUCCUCCUUAUCAGUGCUCUCGCGGGUUGGGCUCCGGAGAGCGUCUUGCAUUCCGUCAUGCCACUCUUCACAUUCAUGUCGACCACAAUCUUGCAGAAAAGCGAUUCCUACUCUGCUCAUGUCAUCGAGCAGACGAUUGCCAAAAUCGUCCCGGCUCUCGCCACUUCGCUCAAGGAGAAGGGCAAAAAUAUCCUUUCUGGUGUGUCGGAGAUGCUCCUCUCCUUUGUCGCAGCUUGGGAGCAUGUUCCUCGGCAUCGUAGGCUUGAUCUCUUCGCCACGGUGGUCAACGCUGUCGAACCACUAGAUUGCCUCGGCGCGGUGUCUGCAAUGCUUGUGGAGCGGUACGAACAGGGCGAGCCUUUCGUCUACUCCUUCAUCGAGGACUUGAUCUGCCAAUAUCAGGGCAUCGAGAUCAUGACAGCCGCGCGCCAGUGGCUCAAUCUGUUGUCCGAUUCGACUAAAGCACCGGAACCCAAGAAGCGCACCGCAGCAAGGACAUGCGACAUCCUCCUGAGCAUGUCCGAAAAGGAUGCCAACGAAAAGGCUACUGUCGUCGAGAGUUUGCUGAGUGCCCUGGCGUCUUUGCUCCGAAGGGGGCCAGUGCAGAACACCGUAGCGACAUCUCUGUCCAAGGCUACUCAGGAAGAAGCGCAGCAGAUUCGCUCCCACUACGUCUCACUGCUUGAGCUUGCAAUCGACAUUUCGCAACAAGUCGACACAUUUACCGACCAAGGCGAGCAAGUCGUUUCCGCAGUGCUACGCCUGCUUCCCAAUGCCGAUUUUAUCGCAUCUAGCGCCGAAGUCAUGCAGACGGGAUCCGAUGUCUCUCGGGAGAAGGUCUUCCUCUGCUUGGAGAGCCGUGUGCUGGACUCGAAGCAGGGAAGCCACGAGAGUCAGAUUUUUAUGGAUCUUCUUCCCGGUUGUGCCGCUUUCAUUCGCAAAGAUCGCAAUGUCGCGGUGAGAGCGGCGGCGAUUGCCUGUAUGGAUGUGAUUUGUGAGAAGUUCGGCAAGACCGACCUCAGAAUGGUCAGAGAUGCCGCAGAGACCAUUGUCGGCGACGCUGCAUUGGGUGAUGAUGACGAAAAGUUGAAGGCGUUGAGUUUGUUGUGUCUGGCGAGUAUGGCGGGAGCGCUCAGCAACGUUGACGAAGCGCUGUCGGUUCUUCCACGCAUUCUGACGGCGACGCUGGAUCUCCUUGUUCGGAACGCGGAACAUGGCACCCCGUCGGAAGUUGACAGCGCCGCCUUCCGGCUGUUGAGUUCUUUGCUCGAUCACAUCCCGUGGAUCUUGACGUCUUCGUCAAAGGAGCUCGAUCGGGCCUUCCAGGUUGCAUCACGAAUGGACGCAGACGACGCUAUCAAUGACUUCCUAUCCUUGGCUGCGAAGAAAACGCCCGUGCCGGAGCUCUUUGCCUCAAUUGAGCGGUUGUGGAAUGAAGAAGGUCUACCGCCCGGUGCAAGCACUUCCGGCAACGCUGCAAGUAUUGUCGGCAGGCUGACUCGAGUGCUGGACCAGUCGGUGCAGAAUAGCACAAAGGCCAGCAUUACAAAGAACGCAUCGAUAGUCUUCCGGGUGCUGUUGCGCGGGUUGGAUCUCGCUGCCAACGCUAUCCGCCCCUCGGACACCGACGCAUUGAACAAUGCCGCCCUGAACGUGACUCUCAAGAUGAACGAUGCCACCUUCCGGCCGUUCUUUAUUCAGCUUACGGAGUGGGCCACUUCUGGACAUGCCAACGUUGCUGUUCAGACGCAACGAUUGACCACCCUCUACAGCUUUGCCCUGAUCCUGUUCAACAGGCUUGGCUCUCUCGUCACCAUGUACACCGGCUAUCUGCUCGAAAGUGCCCACGAUCUCCUCGGCCGAUCAACAACAGACGAGGGACUGACGCUUACCAUCCUGGAGACACUCCGCAGCAGCUUCCGCAAUGACGAAGAUGAGUUCUGGACCGCUUCCGCGCAUUUCGACCCCAUUGCGGAACCACUCGUCAACUUGCUUGAGAGAGGCCAGGGCGACAAGGCACAGGCAGCUGCGGCUUCGCAAGACCGCCUGAAGUUCAUCAGCGGCAAGCUCCUCUCGCUUCUUCGACACGAACGAGCCAACGUUCGCCUGUCAGCCAUUCAAUGCCAGCGGGGUAUCACGGCAGAGAUUACCUUUGACUGGCUGGCAAUGCUCCCUGAGAUGCUGCCAGUGAUUUCGGAGUUGCAGGAGGAUGACGAUGAGCGUGUCGAACGCGAGGCAUUGGCCUGGAUCCGGCAGAUUGAAGAGAUUAGCGGGGAGAGCCUGGAGGGCAUGCUUGCUUAGACGGCGAUUAGACGCCUCGUAAAAUGCAGCUGUGGCGAGCUCUCGGAUGUCCGGCGCGUCCUCAUGCCGAGAGUGGGCGUGUUCCUAUGCAUGCCAAAAACAGAUGGGACGAUCCUUCGCAAGCAGCGACACGCAUGCCACCAUCGAUGUUACUCUACUGAUCCAUG